AUGGCUUUGAUUGUGGAUCAACAAUCAAACUUCAAACACUUUUGUAAAAUUUGCAAAAAAGGCUUCGGAUGUGGAAGAGCAUUAGGUGGACAUAUGAGAGCUCAUGGCAUAGGCGAUGAAACAAGUCAAAUGGACGACGAUGAUCCGGCGAGCGAUUGGGAAGGUGGCAAUGUCCCACCAAGUAACAAACGUAUGUAUUCUUUAAGAACAAAUCCUAAUAAGCUAAAAAGUUGUAGGGUGUGUGAGCAUUGUGGCAAAGAAUUUUUUUCUUGGAAAUCAUUCCUCGAACAUGGAAAAUGCAAUUCAGACGACGCGGAUGAAGAGUUUAUCAUAUCCUCUCCAGAAUCUGACGCCAUGGCAGAUGAUGGUGAUGGCGUCAGUGCCAGGAGAGGAUGUGGCUGGUCGAAAAGGAAAAGGUCGAUGCGAACUAAAGUAGGCAGUUAUAAUAACAAUUAUAAUAAUCCUUCUAGUGAAGAAGAAGAUCUAGCAAAUUGUUUAAUGAUGUUGUCCAAUGCUAUUGUUGAUCCUCUUGAGGUUGAACCGGAAGAAUCAUGUGCCUCCGCUAGCAAAGAUGAAGAAAGAAGAAACCCUAUGAAUUUUAUUGCACCAUUGUCUUAUAGAAUCCCCUAUGAAAACAACAAUAACAACAAUAAAGCCAAAGGUGUUGCAAAAGGGUUAUUUGAAUGCAAAGCAUGCAAAAAAGUUUUCAACUCACAUCAAGCAUUAGGUGGCCAUAGAGCAAGUCACAAAAAGGUUAAGGGAUGUUUUGCAGCAAGGCUUGAUCAAAACCCUGAUGAUAGUAUUGUUGAGGAUGAUGUCAUCACACAAGAUGAAUUUUUUCCAUCAAAACCAAACUCAACCCUACAAUAUGAUCAUGGCACUUCUAACAACCCUACAUUAAUGGCUUCUUCAUCCAAGAGAAAAUCCAAAGUACAUGAAUGCUCAAUUUGUCAUAGGAGUUUCUCUUCCGGACAAGCAUUAGGUGGUCACAAGAGAUGUCAUUGGAUCACAUCAAAUGCACCCGACACAUCGACAUUGGCUAGGUUUCAACAAUUUCAAGACCAAAUAGAACAAAUACCUAAAUUUGAUAACUCUUCUGAGCCAAUUGAUCUCAAACUUGACCUUAAUCUUCCGGCUCCGACAAAUACACAAAUUUACUUGCAACCAACAUGGGGUGCAAAUUCAAGUGCAACAAAGGACAACAAGAUCAAAGAGGAUAAUAACAAUAGCCAACAAAAUCAAAACAAAAACCUAGUUGAUCAAAAUAAUGAAACUCAAGAGAAAAACAAAAACAACAACCUUAAGACAUUGGUACAAAAUGUUGAUAAUGAAGAUGAUAGCAAGGUCAAGCUGGCAAAAUUAAGUGAGUUAAAGGAUGUAAUUAACAUUGGUGGAAGUUCUUCACCAUGGUUGCAAGUUGGAAUUGGUACAACAACUGAUGUGAGGAAUGAUACGUAAUUAUAUUUUUCUUUCUUUUUUUUUUCUUCUCUU